CAGAGUCAGCCAUAUUCGAGCAAUCGCAGUUGUUUAACGUACAAAGAUGAUUUACAAAUGUAUAAUUCUCAGCGGAAUUGUGGCCGUAACCAGUACGGCUUUCAUCGAUUCACAUGCUCACGGGACUACUCUUGCAGUCGCGCACCCAACGGCAGCUGUCGUUAACAGUGAUAACCCAGGCUCCCCGCCAAACUACAGCUUUAGCUACAGUGUCUCUGAUGGACUUACCGGCGACAACAAAGCACAAUACGAAACGCGUCAAGGUGAUGUGGUCCAGGGAAGUUACAGUCUAAUCGAGCCCGAUGGUACUCGACGUACUGUUUCCUAUGCGGCUGAUCCUUUAAAUGGAUUCAAUGCCUACGUACAAAAAGAUCCACGUGUCAGCGUUAACACUGCCAUUUCAGCUUCACCAAGUUUGACUCGCAUUUUGCGACCUAAUCCGAUCGGUCACGUUGGACAAAUUGUCAGUGAGGCCGAACAACUUGAUAAUAUCAAUCAAAUCAAUCAACUUGGCCAGCUUAGCCAGAUUGGUCAGACUGAUCAAACUGGGCAGAUUGGAAAAAUUGAGCAGAUCAAUCAGGUCAGCCAACUUGGUCAAAUUGGACAACUCAAUCAAGCCGAUCAUAUUAAUCAAAUCACUCAGCUCGGACAAAUAAACCAGCUUGGACAGAUUAGUAAAAUUGGACGGGUCGACCAACUUGGACAGGUUAACGAACUCAGUCAUAUCAAUCAACUUGGACAGAUUGGUCAACUAAAUCAAAUUGGUCAGAUUAACCGAAUCAAUGGCCACAUCGUGAGACCAACUUUGAUCUCACCACCUAUAUCUGGACGCCAUACUAUUGGUGUUUUAGUGAGGCCAGAUAUUCGCGAUGAUAUUCUUGGACGUCGCCAAUCACUGAUUCAAGGCAAUCAAUUGUACCACGAGUCGGCAGUAAUCUCAGCACCUUCCGUAACCUCGGCUAACGUUGUUUCGACUCAUCGCCAAGGACGACUUGUGGAUUUUCAACUCGAUAACAUUAAUAACAUUCCUUCCUCUUUGGGUUAUGGAGUCCGCCAUGGAAAUUCCAUUAUAAAUCAACAGCAGGUUAUUGCAAAUGCUGCGGGUUACAGUACUAACGACGAAUACCUUUCUUAAACACCUAUUCGAGUUUUCGUAUUGAACAGAUUACCAGAAACUAAUAGAAUGUUUCCAACGGGAUAUCCGGAGAAAAUAUACGUAGCUUAAACAUCGUGAUAACUAUUGAAACAUAGGAAAUGGUCAGAUAACCAUUGCAAUUAUAUAAUAUUACCGAACAAACCGCACCAUAUAUCUGCACGUUGGUCAUCAAUUGAUCUUCAGUAUUAAACAGUUAUUUCAUUUGAAAUCAAAUUUGAAAUAGCUAAAAUUCCAUUUGAUUUUCCGUUAAAAAAGAUCGUUUUCGUUUCAUUUGCUCGUUGAGAGCAAUUCUCCAUCAAAUAUUUACAAAACUCAGCACGGUACAAUUUUUCAGCAUUGAAAAAAAAAAGAGAUCAAUGAAUUAAAUAAUUGCACUCUAACUAAUGCACCUGGAAAUAUCCACAUAUCGUACUAUAAUCCAGCCGCCAUGUAGUAAUAAUAACUUUUACAUGGUGUAUUUUGCAACAUUUUACUACUCGGUUCUAUACAAUAAUACAAUUUCGAUAAACAAAAACAAAUCCACAGAUACGAAAGUUUCAAAUUGAGAAUCGCUUCUCGAUUUCGAAGCAAAUAAAACCUCUUAUUGAUAAUGAACUUAUUUAUACACUGUCAUCAAUAUCAUAAUUGUUGGAACAUUUAUAUAUGGAUUUUCUGUGAAAUUCCCGUAUAAAUUAAACAGUCAUACAUAUUUACGAAUUAUAUUCCAAAUUCCGUAUUUUUAUAAUUAUAAAUAUUACUAUAUAAGUUAUGUUAAUAAAAUAUCAAUAUC